AUGGCCGCAACCACCGGUACAUCAUCCUACCUCGUCGAUGUUGCCACGCUUACAGACUCCCAAUCCUUUUUGGUCACUCGUAUUAUGGUGGAUAAGGCAGUGUCGACAGAGGACACUGAACUUAGUGAAGGCUCUCAAGUCACCAAAGGCUCCCAGCAUCACUUGGUGGGACACUGCAUGGGCGGACAAGUCGCGACUUUCCCUGGAAAACACUCCCAAAAGAACUCGCUCGCCUUGGGCAUCCACGAUCUGCCCCAACAGCAUCGCAUCAGUCUCGUCAAUUGCCUCAAGGAAGGUACCCUUACCAUUCGAGCAGUUACGAAUGACGCUGCCCACUUGCGUCUCACCACUUCAAAAGACCCUGUUGUUAUUGGGGAUGUCCCCUCAGCUUGCUCCAUGCACUCCCGCGGGCGACGUGCAUUUGCUGAUGGCCGCAUUGACCGAAAGGGCCUUCCCCCUUCUCGAGCAUUCUACAAACCCUCUGCUACGCGCACCAAGAAUCUCAUUCCCCCAAUUGCUUCUGUCAAGGGGGGCUCGUCCAGCUCUGAAUAUGCCAACAGUACUGGCAAUGAAAUUCAUUCUGAGGAUGAGGAGUCACAAAUAGCACAUUCAUGGAUUCACUUUCAUGCUAAGCCCUCUCUGGAGUCUCUGGAGCCUCUGGAGCCUCCCAAAGACAUUGCUAUUUGUUAG